AAGAAAAUAUGAUGAACAAAUAAAUAAAUGUGGUCUAUAUCACUACUUUUCUGUAGCUCUGUUCUUUAUGUUUGCUAUGCUUACCCCUCUCAUCCCAUUUCUUUCUUCUCUUGAAUCAUUCCUCAUCUGGUACAGCACAGCUGUAAGUUAUCCAACAUUGAUUCUCGCUCCACGUUUCUUUCUUUCUUUCCCACCCACCUUAAAUAUUUAUUUCAUUUCGAAUUCUUUCUCUCUUUCUGGUAUUUUCAUAACCUCUGGCUUUGUUAGGUGUGUGUGCUUUAACCCAAAUCCCUAUUCAAUGCCAAUUUGGCAAAGCCAUCUAAAAAUCAAUGCCUAUGCCUUCUUUCUUUCUCUUUGCAAAUUGCAGCAGCCUUUAGUUGCAUAUAGGUUGUUUUAAUAAUCUGUAGCAGCUUUUUCUUUCUUUUUAUUUCUCUCUUUCUUUUAUUUAGUGGGUAAUUAUUGGAGAUUAUGUGAGAUAUUGUCACCUUUCCAUGAUUACAUUCAAAUGUUAAUGUUGGAUUUGAAUUGGGUUAGUCAUUGAUGCUAUCUCUGUGACUUUUGAACCAAAAGAAAAGUUCAUAAAAUUGGUUCCACAAAAAAGAGUAAUUUUUUAUCAACUCUAAUCUUUGUCUAGCUGGCCUGACCGUGUGGAUUUUCUCCUAUUUGUUAUGUUGAAUCUAAAUGAUAGUUAGAAACUUAGAAUGAUCAUAUGUGUGCAUUGUGCAUGAUGGUUAAGCACUUGAUGCAUAUAAUCUUUUACUAAUUCAUAAGUUUAUGGAAAGAGAAUGCAGUUAAUUAUGAUCAGAAUGGCUGAGAAAUCAUAGCUUCUCUGCUUGUUUCCACCAAGAGGCAGAUGGGUUCAUGUGGGUUAAUGAGUUGGGGUUAGAAUUACAAAUUGCGACCUAAAUGAAGAUUUAGCACUUAAAAAAAGUUGCCAACUUUUAAAAAGCACCAAUGUGCCCCACUUUUGUUUUUGGCUACACAGACAGGGAGGCCCAUUCUUUUGAUUUCUUUAAGUUUGCUUCUUCAGACAAGGUAUAGUAUCCAUUAAGCUAGGCAUCAGGAUCAUCAACAUCAAACCAUAAAAAAGAAAAGUUGUGCCAAUGGGAUUUUCAUAUAACUUUGUCUUUACAUUUUCUAUGAGAUAUUAUAAAGCUGGGUGAGCUGCUUCCUUUAAGUAAUGCAUUGAGAAGUGUUGGUGUCUUGUUUUUUCGUAGCAGCAAAGCUAUGGAAUCGGAGACUAAGAUUAUGGUUGCUGCUAAUGCUAUAUGUAUGAACCAAAACCAAUGGCUUUAGUGCUUCUAAGACCAGCUUGAGGCGUCAAUAUAUAUGUGCAAAGAAAAUCUUAUAGAAGAAUCAAAAUGUUACCAACAUCUGAAUUAGGUAGAAGCCUGCAUUUGAUCACUCUCACCAAUUAGUUCUUACAGCAUCCAUAGCAAAUAUCCCAACCCCCUUUCGCCCCCGAAAUUAGCUUUAAAGUGGGGAGAAAGCGAAAACCUAGUGAGUGGGACUAUGAAUGAGAUUGGUUCUGCAAGAGCAAAACCAUGGAACAUAUAUACAAGUUCAGACUCAAGCCCGUCUCAAGCAGGAAUUGAUCGGCAAGUGCAAUGGAAAAGCUCUGGGACAUCCAUGAAUGCCAUUUCUUUUGGAUUUGUUGCCACAGCUAUCUUGAUAUCUAUGUUUCUUAUCAUGGCCAUCUUUGAACAUUUGUUCAAGCCAAGUCCUUCCUUUUCCACACCUGAAAGCGCAACUCAUGGUUCUCUAGAGUCUGGCACUUUUAAGAAGCAUGGAAUUCCACAAACUGUUUCGACAUCUUAUGCACCUGAUUUCUCAGUAUUGAUGCCAGGACAGCAGUAUCCUACCUACCUUGCCCAGCCUGCUCCUCUCCCCUCCUGCUCUAGGGAAGGGAUUUGUUGGCCUUCCCAUGAACAUAAAUUGGUACUUCCUUAGGACAUACAUACUUCCAUUGCGGCAUUAUAAUUACCGGGGCUGUUUGUAUACCUACAAAAUGGUCAUAUUUCUUCAGUUCCAUACUAAAAUUUUCUAUUAAAAGCUGUCUUCUGCAAGAACAUACUAUCCUUCACCAGAUAAUCAGCAUUUGACUAUGGACUUUUGUCAAAAAUCAGAUAUUCCUUGCUGUAUUUUGUGGUUUCCCUCUCCUUCUGGAGAAAA